CAAAAUAAAGAUUUUUGGAUCAAAAAAGCACAUAUGCAAACAAUUUUUACUGAAUAUCGACAAGUUUUUCGUAGUUUUGUUUAUCAUGAUAAGAAACAAUUGACACUACCUCCAGAAGAAGUUUGGGAAUUUAACCUUGGUAAAGCAUAUAGAACGAAAAUUGGUGAUCACGAUUACAUUGCUGUGGACGUCGAUUUUUAUUCUGUCUUGGUUACCGAUGCAUUAACCAUCAACAGGUCUGAACCAGCUUUGAAUGUAAUUGGUGGAAAAUGGUCAGAUAGUUGGAUAUUGCCUGUAGAUCCUGAAUUUCUCUUGCAAAGAACUGGGUACGCAUGUAUUGAUGAAAAUUCGUUUCCUAAACAUACUGUUGAAAGCGAAAAUGUAUGGGCAUAUUAUGAUGAUACCUGUAAAGCUGAAAAACCG